CGCAGCUGUGGUAUUCACGCUUGGGGCUGGGGAGAGGGCGACGGACUCGCCGGUCUUGGGAGCCCAGUCGAGGGCCCAGGGCCGGGGGCGUUGGAGGAAGUCGCCCCGAGCGGCUCGCCACUGGCCGGAGGAGAGGCGGCCCUGGGAGCCGGCGUCCCGCCCCCGGCGGCCUCCUUCCCCAGCCCUCCUCCCGGGUUGCGCGCGGGCGGUCCCUGUUCUGUCACGGGGGCUGCGGCGGGAACCGUCGAGCGGGCUGGACGGAACCCUCCGCCAGAGGACCCGCUGGAGGAGCAGAGGGAGCGCGGCGGGCCAGUCCGUCAGCUCAGAGGUCAGGCCUCGGGUCGCGGUCCGUGGUCCUCCGUCCUUCGGCGAGCCCUCUUGGCUAAGAGUCCCCGACCUCCCCGCACUGCUUCUGCUUCUCCUUUGAGUAAACCACCAAACCCUCUGGCAGGGUGAUUUUUUUCCUCCUUGCAUUUGCCGGGAAAGAGAUAUAUAUUUAAAGGGUUUCUGUCCUCAUUGCUACCCUUGCCCUCUUAAAAGUUUUCCUUUGGUAGGAAUGCUUGUAUUCCUUCCCUGGACCAUUUGAUGGUUCCCAUCCAGCCGCGGCCUGAUUGAGCAACUGGAAUCACCUUCAGAUCAAAUCUUAAAAAUUCGCACCUACAAAACUACUCUGCAGAGUUGUUCCCUCCCGCCCAAGAAGGGCAAAUGGACUUUGGAGUUAAGAUGCAGGGGAGUGAACCAGUGUCAACAAUGAAAGUCUCAGAGAGUGAAGGAAAGCUGGAGGGCCUGGCCACAGCGGUGACCCCAAACAAGAACAGCAGCAACAGCAGCUGUGGGGGUGGAAUCAGCAGCAGCAGCAGCAGCAGUAGUCGCGGUGGCAGUGCAAAAGGCUGGCAGUACAGUGAUCACAUGGAAAAUGUAUAUGGCUACUUAAUGAAGUACACCAACCUUGUCACUGGGUGGCAGUACAGGUUUUUUGUUUUAAACAAUGAAGCUGGGUUAUUGGAGUACUUUGUGAAUGAACAGUCUAGAAAUCAAAAACCCAGAGGUACUUUGCAGCUUGCAGGAGCUGUAAUAUCACCUAGUGAUGAGGACUCUCACACUUUCACUGUAAAUGCUGCCAGCGGGGAACAGUAUAAACUCAGAGCCACAGAUGCUAAAGAGCGACAACAUUGGGUUAGCAGACUUCAGAUAUGUACACAACAUCACACUGAAGCUAUUGGAAAGAAUAAUCCUCCUCUGAAAUCACGGAGCUUCUCACUUGCAUCUAGUGGUAAUUCUCCUAUAUCCCAGAGGAGACCAAGUCAAAAUGCCAUUUCUUUUUUUAAUGUUGGACAUUCCAAACUACAAUCAGUGAACAAAAGAGCUCACUUACCUCCAGACCACCUUGUGGAAGUCAGAGAAAUGAUGUCUCAUGCUGAAGGACAACAAAGGGACUUAAUUAGGCGAAUUGAAUGCCUUCCUGCUUCUGGCCAUCUUAGUUCCUUGGACCAGGAUCUCUUAAUGCUCAAAGCUACUUCCAUGGCGACUAUGAACUGCUUAAACGACUGCUUUCAUAUUCUGCAGUUACAGCACGCAUCACAUCAGAAGGGCUCACUGUCUUCAGGAACGACAAUCGAGUGGUUAGAACCAAAGAUACCUUUAUCAAACCACUAUAAAAAUGGAGCUGACCAGCCUUUUGCAACUGAGCAAAGUAAACCAGUGGCAGUCCCAGAAGAACAGUGUGUUGAAGAAUCUGGACCAUUAGCAAGGGAACCUGAAGAAAUAAAUGCAGAUGAUGAGGUAGAGGAUACAUGUGACAACAAGGAGGAUGACCUGGGAGCUGUGGAAGAGCAACGUAGUGUUAUCCUACAUCUGUUGUCACAGCUUAAGCUGGGCAUGGACUUAACAAGAGUGGUGCUUCCUACAUUUAUCCUAGAGAAGCGUUCCUUGCUGGAAAUGUAUGCAGACUUUAUGUCUCAUCCAGACCUAUUCAUAGCCAUUACUAAUGGAGCCACAGCUGAGGAUAGAAUGAUUCGUUUUGUUGAGUACUACCUUACCUCAUUUCAUGAAGGCCGGAAAGGAGCCAUUGCUAAGAAACCGUACAAUCCUAUCAUUGGAGAAACAUUUCACUGUUCCUGGAGGAUGCCAAAAAGCGAGGUUGCAUCCACUGUUAUCAGCAGCUCUUCUACCCAGGCAGUCACAAAUCAUGCUCCUCUAUCAGAGGAGGCUUUGAGCCAGGCGGGACCAGACUGUUAUACAGUCAGAUUUGUUGCUGAGCAGGUUUCCCAUCAUCCUCCAGUCUCAGGAUUUUAUGCAGAAUGUGCAGAGAGGAAGAUGUGUGUAAAUGCACAUGUCUGGACUAAGAGCAAAUUCUUAGGCAUGUCGAUAGGCGUAACAAUGGUUGGAGAAGGUAUUCUCAGUCUAUUGGAGCAUGGAGAAGAGUAUACAUUUUCUCUACCUUGUGCAUAUGCCCGAUCAAUUUUAACUGUUCCUUGGGUAGAACUUGGUGGCAAAGUCAGUGUCAACUGUGCAAAAACUGGGUAUUCAGCCAGCAUCACUUUUCAUACUAAGCCGUUUUAUGGUGGCAAACUGCACCGGGUUACAGGUGAAGUAAAGCACAACAUCACCAAUACUGUGGUAUGCAGAGUGCAAGGCGAAUGGAAUAGUGUUCUUGAGUUCACUUAUAGCAAUGGAGAGACAAAGUAUGUGGAUUUAACUAAGUUGGCAGUAACAAGGAAAAGAGUAAGACCUCUGGAGAAGCAAGAUCCAUUUGAAUCCAGGCGAUUGUGGAAAAAUGUGACAGAUUCUCUGAGGGAAUCUGAAAUCGAGAAAGCCACAGAGCAUAAACGUACUCUGGAAGAACGCCAGAGGACUGAAGAAAGGCAUCGUACUGAAACAGGCACACCCUGGAAAACCAAAUAUUUUAUUAAAGAGGGAGAUGGCUGGGUUUAUCAUAAGCCCCUUUGGAAAACAAUUCCAGCAACACAGCCUGUGGAGUAACAUACACUAUCUGAGUCGACCAAAUGAACUUCUUCUCUGUUUACCCUAAACCCUCCCAGAAUGGAGUCAUUGCACUGAGUAACCUGCUUCCUGAUUGCACAGACUGAAUCUGGCUAAACCCGAAUGUCCCUGUUAGGGCACCACAGAACUGCAGCAAGACCAAAGUGUUGAAGAUGCGCGACGGGCCUCUCACCAACCUGUUCAUGUGAUACGAGCAAUAUCAUCCGAAAACCUUUCACGUGAAUUAUUAGAUGAUUCAUCUUUUAUCCAGCUCCUGCUCCUAAAGUUAGGUUUAAAUCCCCUAUUUUUGCAUGGGGGCAGCAGAUACACACAAGCGUGAGAACUCAGUGAUUUUGAUUUCUUUAUAGUAAAGAGUGAAGUCUCUUUCAGAGUUUGUGCUUUGCUUUCUGUCAGUAACUGAAGUAUUCACUGCUCUUACAAACAAACCCAAGAGGAGGACGAUGACCCAGAAGUGGAUUCAGCCAUUGUGCCUGAAAUCAGUGUUAAAAAAAUCAACCAGGUUGUAGUAACAAGGCAUUCUGUUCCUUCAAAGAGACUGUGUGCCUGUGUCUGAGGAACUUAUCCAUUAUCCACCUCUGUUGGAACUCUCUUUUAAAAAGUAUAUUUAUAAAUUGAUUAGAAUUAUAACCAUGGAGAAUUUUUUCUUCUGAGCAUUUUAUUAUACUUGAAAACAACAUUGACUUGAAAAAUUUCAGAACAUUUUUCAAUACCUAGUUUUAUUAAAUGUUACACUUGAGAGACAAUUUUUUAAAUGUGUUCAUGUCCAUAUGAUGAGAUCUUGGCCUUUCUCAAGAACCGAGGCAUUAAAGAACAAAGCAAACAUUUAAAAAAUAAAACUGUUACUUUUUUUUUCCUUACCUUUUUUUCACUUGUAGAUUAAUAUCCAGUAUUAUGUGCUAUCCCUCUGAAUAAGUAUGCUUCAUCUUACCUCUGUCCAUUCAAAUUUAAAACAACUAUUCAUAUUUGUCAGUAAUUCAGAAGUUAUAUAUGUGGCUGAGUGCAUGUAUGGUAUGGUUUUCUUUUCUUCUCAAGGAAACUCAGAUGCCGAAGAAAGAAUAUGAAGUGAAAAGAUAUUAGGAAAAAAGCUAUCAGGAAGUUGUAUUCAGGUACAAAUCUCUUUUCUUUUUUAAUAAGUAUUUUAUUAAGGUUGAAGGAUUGCUGGCAACUAAAAGAAUAGUGCUAAUUAUGGCUUUCAUCAUUCAUUCAAGUAUUUAUUGAGUACCUACUUAUGGUGCUCAACACUUGUUACUGCAAGCUACCUUAAUUUUCCAAGAGUGGUGCCUUACUCUGUUUCUUCUGAUGUGGUCUUCCAAUCAGUGUGUGUAACAUAUACCUGUUAGUCAUCAGCCAUUGUAGGUGGCUGUGUCUCUUGCAUCAUCAUAAGAAGUUUAAGCUUUGUGCUCUGAUAAAUUGUGUUUUAUUGAAGGGUUUAAUAGGAUGAAAACAGCAAAACAAUAAUUUUUUCAACAAAUUGUAAAUUAUAAGAGAAUAACUGGUUUAUGUACAACCAUUUUAAUGAUUCCCUUGUUCAUUUUUGCUGUGAAAUGCACUGAAAAAUCUCAAAAUGAGUUAUAGUUCAUGUGUUGGGAAGAUUGAAAAAUAAUAAAACUAGAGAACAAUAA